AUCAAAUGUCUCGGCCUUGUCGCUGUUUCUUCUUAUUGUAGAGAGUAGCUCCCCUACGACUCGCACACUCCUUCAACCACAAAAAACCCACAACAACCACCGCCACUACCACUACCAUCAUACCACUCCUUUGCAACGUCUACCCACCGCUGCUCUCGGGACCCAUCCGCGAGACUCGACUCGACAACGACGAAACACUGCCAGCUGACUCGAACAACCGAACAACCGUAGAGCUAUAGAUAGCUACCUAUCUCGCCGUCUACCGCUCUUGCUUCAAGACAACCUUACCUCAGGAUGCGUUCGAUCCUUUCGUUCAUCGGUUGCUGCAUCCUCUGGGUCGUUGCCGUCCCCUACUUGGUCGUCUAUGUCACCUUCCAGCUCGUGGCUUCCCUCCUCGAGCUCCCGAGGUUCAUCUACCGCUGGCUCCUGCACUCUCCCGUGCUUGAGACCGAAUAUCAUCUUCCUCAAGCCUAUGCUCUCAUUACUGGCGCCUCCGAUGGUGUGGGAAAGGCAUUGGCCGAAGAGCUUGCCAACCGCGGUUGGAAUUUGAUCCUGCACGGACGUAACCCCACCAAGCUUGACGCCCUGGCCGAUAUACUACGCGCUGCUCACCCCACCAUCGACACCCGUGUGACGGUGCAGGACACAACGCACUCGACCUCGUUCCCUGACCUCUUCGCGCACAACCUCGUUAACUUGCUUGGGCCCAUCACCUUGCUGGUCAACAAUGUCGGCACCCUACACAGCGCCGUCCCCUUCUGUGCUCUAACCUCGGACGAGAUCAAUGCCGCACUGCUCACCAACAUUGCGUUUCCCACUUUGCUCACACAUUACCUCCUGUCGUCCCCCGUCCGCCGCCGUGGUAGUGACACGAGCGCGUAUGCCAUGAGCCCCAGGGCGGCAGAAGAAAACUCACCCCUUCUCGGUGGUGGUGGUGCCAAGGGCGGUGUUCAGUGGGAGCUCCGCUGCAUCAUGAACAUCUCAUGCAUCGCCGGUCUCCACGCGACGGCCCACUCCUCGGUCCACUCGGCCACCAAGUCGUACCUCACUAGUCUCUCCCGCGGCAUCGUAAUGGACGCGCCCGCCGGUAUCGAAAUUCUCAACCUGCUGAUCGGCCACACCCGUACCGCCUCGUGGCGCGGCAAGAACUCAAUGCUGGUCCAAGACGUCGACGCGUGUGUCCGUGGUUGUCUCGCUGCGGUGGGCUUGGGAAAAACGCGUGGACAUGGACGCGGAAGCCGUGCCUGGGGCUGCCAGGACAUACUGGGACUGGGAUCGAUGGGCGGCCGCGGCGAAGGCGUGUACGUCUAUUGGCUUCACGAGCUCUGGGUCGGUCUGGAGCGUGUCCUCCCCGGGCGGGUCUCGGAUGGCCUGGCGGCGUACUACGAUGGCAUCUUUGGGCGCGAAGUUGCACUCUUCUAAGGAGAGGAGAGAGAGGGGAAAAAAAAGCAGUAAAUGAAUUUGAAUUCUUGGGAUAAAUGGGGUUUCGGGCUGGGGUUGGGGUUUUUAAAAGUGAUUUUUUUUGUUUUCUUUCUUUCUCUUUCU